AUGAUUAAUCUAUUGUGUGCCCUAUGCGCCCUAUGGAACGUAUUUUAUCUAUGCGCGCCGCUCUUCACUUGUCUUCAUGUUGAAGACACUGUCAAAAUUGAGUUACACAAAAUAAGGAGCGGCGAUUUUUUAAAAAUUUGUUGUGCAGACUUUUGCUCCUUCCAAAAAUAUGACGUAACUACGAAGACAUAUCUGUUCAUCAAGGAAAAAAUAAUUUUGCAUCAUUGUAAAAAUGGCAUUAAUUUGUACCAUUCUAUUGAAUAUUUUUUUCACUUCGCUCACUUUGUAAAAAAUGAUCAAAUGAUCGAAAUUGUUGAUUCCUUUGAACAUGGAAAGAUCAAAUUUACCGUUUGGGAGCCCCUUUUUGAAUUCCUAUCAAUCGGGGGUGGGGAGAAAUAUGUCUAUAUGCCUCUCGGAUUUUAUGAAGCUAAGAAAUGCAAAAGGAGUCACACAAAGGGGAAUGGCCUUGGGGUGGACCCGCUGUGUGAUAAUUACGGCAGCAUCGAAUUUAGCCUUAGGAAAGGAGAGACGGAACCAUUUUACGAAGGUGCACUGCAGAGAGAACAAUAUGUAGGCAGCGCUAAACCAGCUAAGACCGACGCGAAUUGGAAUAAGCCACCCCCCGGAAAUAAAUUUCCUUGUAUGGAAAAUUUACCCAAGGAAGGAAAUCCUAAAAGGUAUAAUCAUGGAGACGAAAACAAUUCUUGUCAAGUAGAUCCAUUAAUGCAGUUGUUUAAUGAACUCAUGGCUGAAAGGGAAAGGGAAAAAAAUAGUUUUUUUCACCACUCAAACACAUUUGUAGAGGAGGGUGAAGCUUACGCUGAUAAUGUGCUAAUAAGUUAUAUUGCAAAAAAACAUACACACAAAAAUACGUCAAAACCGUGUGGCUCUGUUGGAGGCAUAUCUAAUACAUCACUCUACUUGUCACACUGCUUAACCCCCUUGAUAAAAAAUCUUCUCCUUAGUAACCCCAUACUUAUAUUUUUAUUUCAAGACCCAGCAAUUUGCGACUUGUGUGCGAAAAGGAUGACCAUUGUAGGAGAAACCACACGAGGUGGAAAAAAAAGAUAUAAAAAAGGGUCUCCCCCAAAUUACAAAUGGAUGAUAAAAUUUGCCUCCUUACUCUUUUUUCUUGCCAUUUUAAUUGCAACCAUUUGGAUAUUUUUAAAGAGAAAGAAAUGCAAAAUGAAAGAUGAAAAAAAUCCGAGGUCUGCUAAAAAAAGGCUGGCCGAAAUACACGUAGCGUACAAGAGCAAAAUACAAACAAAUUUUGGCUCAAAAAUAAAAGACAUUACGGAUGAAGAUUUAAUAAAUCUUAUCGCUCAUAAUAAGGCGGAGCUAAUCAUUGUCUGUCAACCGUAG